AUGAGCAAACGAAACGCAGAGGAGGCCUUCUCAUCCAAGGACACUCCAAAGCAACACGAUGGCAAGAUGAAUCAUCAACAUCAACAAGUAGAACCUACAAAUGGAGAAUCGGAGAGCGUUGAAGAACAAGACUGUACUUUGGUUCCAUAUAGUAAAAGAGUAAAAGAAAAUAAUUGUACAAUGGUUGCCUGCACGAAUAACGAUGUGAUGAAUGAUGAGGACACGGCCACAGAUAAUUUGUUUUCGAAAAUAUCGCAGUCCAUUGAUCAGUACGAAGUGGUGUUGCGAAAAAUUAGAGUAUCACAAUCGGGUGUCGGUAACAUUUUGUAUAGAGAUUUGAAACAACUCGGACAAGAUGCUGUAUUAAAACUUAGAGAGGAUUUGGAACGCUCUCAUUGCAAAUUGGUUCAAUUGUUGAAUGAACAAACACAAUCUGCUAAAAAGAAUGACACAGAAAUGAACCAAUCUGAUGUGAAUUAUAUUGACAAAAAUUUGAAUCAAGUUCUACCAACUGAUCUGUUGAGCUACAUCUUUUCAUACUCACUGUUUUUUGAUUUUGUUCGAAUUUCUCACACAUGCAAGCUCUGGAGAAAUAUUGCCAUGACCAAAGCUGAAGCUCUCACAGCUUUUGACAUUUCAGAUGAUAUUUCGUUUAUUAAUGGAUUGUUUUUAUUCAAGAGAUUUAUCGAAUGGAGAAUAGAGAACAUUCGUCAUGUGAGCAUUUAUGCUGAUGUGUUUUCCAAAUGCGGCCACAAAUUCAAUGCCGUACGUAAAAUGGAUGCUUUCAUUCAACACUCGAACAUGGCGGGAUAUCCAAAUCUUGAACGAGUCAAAAAACUGUAUACACGUCAAUUCACAUUUUUUGGAAAUAUCACACUCCCAGGCCUCGAGUUUUUACAAUUCAAAAGCUUUAAAGACGCCAUAAUUGACUUUUUCCAUUUAUCCAUGUUUGGACUGGCUCUCGUUGAUACACUGUUACCCAUGCUCGAUUUUACCAAGAUUGAUCGUAUCCAACUCAUUUCUAACACGAGAUUGCUUGCUUCAUUCAUUCGUUUUUUACAAGAUACGGAUCCAUCCAAAGCUGGAAGUAAAGCAAAAAUCAAAACCUUCCUUACAAACAUUAACGAUCACGUCAAAUAUUUAAUUUUAACCACCAAGGACGACGAAGAGUAUGAGGAGGAAGACGAGGGCACUACGGAAUCUUCUGAAGAAUUUAACUUGGCCUCUCUUGAAAAAUUAACCGUCAAGGUUGGAUCUUCUAAACUUUUCAAAAUGUUGAAAUUCAAUCCUGCAAAACUCAAAUCGUGUACGAUUGUGAAUUGGGUCUCUAAACAUGCCAUGGAUGCAUCCGAAAUGGAAACUAAAUCUGAAGAAGAAAGACAAGAAAUUUCAGAAUUUCAUUCCAUCUUGGAUCGAUUCUACAAUGUUUCAUGCCUACGACUUGAAUAUGUACAUUCCAUCUUCUUUAAAUCUUACUCGUUUGAAAAGUUCAAUAAUCUCAAGUCUCUCAAGGUUUUGGAGAUUGAGGGAGAAGUGCUUGAGCGAUUGGGUCCUAAAUUAGUGUCUCUAAAAGUCCAACGUAUUUCAAACUUUAAACCACAAUUAAUCGAAAGUUGUACCAAAUUGAAACAUUUAGUACUUGGUUCGCGAUUUUUAGCGGAUGUGAACAUCCAAAAGCUUGAAAAGUUGAAAAAAUUACACAUUCUUUCAUCUCAGAAACACAAACUCUCAAAAUUGAAAAUUGAAUCUCCUACUGUCGAAAUCAUUCUUUGCUAUGCUGAUAUUCGAUCUCUUGAGAUCACUUGUCCAAAUUUAUGUUUUAUUCAUUGUGCCAAUGUUUCACCUAUUGAUGAUUUAUUGAUCAGAACAAAUAAGCUUCAAUAUUUUACUGUUGAGGAAACAACAAUCAACUCAUUGACCAUACUCUCGUAUCCCAUCCCCAACCAAACUGCUGAAAAUGUUUCUCCAUUAAUUAAGGCUUCAUGUUUAAGCUAUGUGCAAGUAGUCAAACAGAUGGAAUGUCCCUAUUUAAGAAGUAUCAGCAUCUCAAACAUGGAAGUCCUCAAAAAUAUGAUUGCACUUCAACAAACUCCUCUACUUGUUAACAUGGACAUUUCUGAAACCAUUGUUGAUACAUCACUAUUGAUACAAGCUCUGAAAACAUUUCCCAUUCAAAAAAUUGCCAUUUCCAAUUGUUCAACUACUGACCGUUCUGACGAAAAUGUGGUCGAUUUGAAUGGAGUAGAAUUGAAAGAAAUUUAUGUCAAGGAAUGCGACUUUGGAGUAUCCAAAUUUGUGGUUCAAGUAUUUUCAAAAUUUGAAAAGAUUGACACCCUUUGUAUGCAAGAUUGUUAUUUGGAUCCUUCUUUUAUUAGAUCCGUUUGCCAACCUGAAGAAAAUGAGUGGAAAAAUUUGCAAAGUCUUGAAGUUGACAUUUGUGCUAAUUUGAGUGGAGAUGAAAUCAGCAUGUUGUAUCGAAAUAUUGAACAUUAUGAGAAUUUGAAAAAUUUAUCCUUACUAAUUUAUCCAGACCGAGAGACUGAGAGUUUCCAUCAUGCAAGAUUUCCGCAAACCUUGGAAAUGUUCAACGGCACUUUCAACACUCUAGAAAUUGUUCGAUCGAAAUCAGGCAAGCAUUUACCCAACGUUAUCUGUAAUUUGAAAACGCUCAUCAUUCAACCAUGUCCUAGUUCCAAAUUUUUUGACAUUAAUAGUUUGUUCCAAUCAUUGAACGACUUGUUUGUUGUGAGUGAUGAUGACAAUGAUGGCAAAAACUCGAAAAAUUCGGAACACCCUCUCUAUACAUCACAACUGGAGAAUAUUUUCACAGACGAUGUUCAAGAUUUAGAUACGGAACCACCUCGCAUGAGUUUAUUGACUCAUGUCAUGAAAAACCUUCCUUCUUUGAGAUAUGUUUCCAAAUCAUUUUUUGUGGAUGAACCUGUGGAUCUAGCAGCAGCUCGACCUGAUAUUCGAUUCCAAGAAGAUUAA